UAAAAUUUUUAGUUGAUCUUAAAAUGGAUCGAGGAGAGCGCAAGAUUCAGAAAUACUAGGAACGUCGCUGUCCCGUCGGCAAUCUAUAGGAUGUUUCAAACAUUUCAAAACUCGUGACAAAUUCUGACAAACCGGUCGCUCUACAGGUUUCUUCAGGUCUUGGAUCCACCUGUAGCCUGGGACCGCAUGCGUAACGGUACAAACACGGCGUACGGUGGCUCCUCAUGGUGGCAGUGUGAGUUACCUUCCUCUUAGGCGAGGUCGAGCGACCGCAUACCACGAUCUGGAAUCGCGUCGUGGAAGCCAGUCGUUGCUCGAUCGUCCGCGACGCUUGGAUAGAAAAAAAAAAAAGAAGUCGAAAUAUCGCGACGACGGGGUGGGCCUGCAGUUCGCGUGCAGUUUCGGAGCGGUAUCCUGUGAAAUAACGUACGCGAAGCGAGAUCUAACGUCCCUCAUUGGAUUGCCGCUGCUCUCGUAUUCCUCCGCGGACCGCGUGGAAUCUCAGUUACGUCGCCCGAUUGAAAAUUCGUCCCCCUUUCCGGUUGAUUAUUUCAACUCCGUGCAAGAAUCCUGCUUCUGUCAGAAAGCACAGCGACACAGCGUUCAGAGAACAAUCGCUUGACGCAAAAUGACGGAUACUUUCACACGGAGGUCGAUUUAACGCCGUUCCAAGAUGUACGGCGAGUGGCAAAAGGGUGAGUUGGUGUGGUUCGAUCCCGGCGUCGGCCAUGUGCUGCCAGGCGAGGUUCUGGAAUAUCACAGAGCCGCCAAUGUACUUUCGGUCCAAGCGGUGAUUGCCGGCAAGCCACAAGUUUUCACUCUCACCAAUCUGAGCGGGGUGAAGCCCAGGCAGGACUUAGGCCAAAAUGGUAUGGAGGACAUGAUUCAGUUGACAGAUCUAAACGAGGCAUCAUUAUUAUGGAACUUGAAGAUCCGCUACGACAAAGAAUUAAUUUACACAUACACAGGAAGUAUCCUAGUGGCAGUGAAUCCAUAUAAAAUGUUUGACAUUUACGGAUUGGAUCAAGUGAAACUUUACGAGGGACGGAUCCUUGGUACACUACCACCGCAUUUAUUCGCCGUGGGCUCUUCCGCAUACAGUCAAGUGACUGCAGCCAAUAACUCCAGUGCCAAUCAAGUCGUCGUCAUUUCCGGCGAAUCCGGUUCAGGGAAGACGGAAUCUACGAAACUGGUGAUGCAAUAUCUCGCGGCCGUCAAUCGCGCGCCAAAUAAUCUUGUCACCGAGCAAAUUCUGGAGGCAACGCCACUCCUGGAGAGCUUCGGAAACGCUAAAACGCCACGAAAUGACAAUAGCAGUCGAUUUGGAAAGUACUUGGAGGUUCAUUUCAGAGACGGCGCGAUCAUAGGCGGUAGAAUAACCCAAUAUCUUCUAGAAAAGAGUAGGAUAGUGACUCAAGCUUCGGAGGAGAGAAACUAUCACGUGUUCUAUGAACUUCUAGCUGGACUCGAUCAGCAACUCAGGGAUAAAUAUGGUCUGCUAACACCAGACAAAUACUUUUAUUUAAAUCAGGGUGGAAAUUGUGAGAUCGAUGGCAAGAGCGACGUGCAAGAUUUCAAAGCUCUCUUAUCGGCCAUGCAGGUUCUCGGUUUUUCAUCCGAGGAGCAGGACACGAUCUUCAAGAUCCUAGCCAGCGUAUUGCAUCUGGGGAACGUUUACUUUCACCGGAAGCAAAUGAGGCACGGUCAGGAAGGCGUGGAGGUCGGUUCCGAUGCUGAAAUACGCUGGGCGGCGCACCUUCUUCAAGUAAAUUCCGAUGGCAUCAUCCGAGCGCUCACUACCAAGACGACAGAAGCAAGAAACGAGAGAGUCUUCACAGCUUUGAAUAUCGAUCAAGCUCUUGAUGCCAGAGACGCUUUUGCAAAAGCUUUGUACAGUUCUCUUUUUUCAUGGCUAGUCGCACGUGUCAAUCAUAUUGUCUACAAGGGCACAAAACAGACGGCUGCUAUUUCGAUUCUUGACAUCUUCGGCUUCGAGAACUUUACGGAGAACAGUUUCGAGCAAUUGUGCAUCAACUAUGCAAAUGAGAAUCUGCAGUUUUAUUUUAAUAAACAUAUUUUCAAGCUCGAGCAGCAGGAGUAUGCGAAGGAAAAAAUCGAUUGGACUACCAUCAACUAUACGGAUAAUUUGCCAGUCAUCCAUUUAAUCGCGAAAAAACCGGUGGGCAUUCUUCAUCUGCUUGAUGACGAGAGCAACUUUCCUAAAGCGACGGAUCUUUCUUUCUUGGAGAAAUGCCAUUACAAUCACGCACUAAGUGAGCUGUAUUCCAGGCCAAGAAUGAAUUCCGCUGAAUUUGCGAUUAGGCAUUACGCCGGGCAGGUCUGGUACAACGUAGAGGGGUUUUUAGAUAAGAAUAGGGAUACUUUAAGACCGGAUGUAGUCGAAUUGCUGAUCAGCAGUAAGAUUUCGAUGGUUAGCAAGAUGUUCCAGCACGUCAGAACCACUCACGAAGCUAAUAAAACUAUGAACAAACCAAAUGGCAGAUUUGUCACUAUGAAGCCGAGAACUCCAACUGUGUCGGCUCGAUUUCACGAUAGUCUUCAGCAACUUUUAGAAUCCAUGUCUCAAUGUAAUCCGUGGUUUGUUCGUUGCAUCAAACCAAAUACCGAGAAGGCGCCGAUGAAAUUCGACAUGCCAUGUGUGCUCGAGCAGUUGAGAUAUACGGGAAUGCUGGAGACGAUACGCAUCAGGAAAACCGGCUACCCGGUUCGCCUUCUGUUCGGACAUUUUGUAGAUCGGUAUCGUUAUCUUGUUUCGACGCACUUGCCUAGAGGAGCGCCCAACAAGGAGCUCUGUAGAAUAAUUUUGGAUAAAGCGGCUCCAAAAGAAGCGCAGUCGCAAUAUCAGCUCGGUCUUACACGAGUAUUCUUACGCGAAUCAUUGGAAAGAGCCUUGGAAUACAACAGAGCGUUGAUUCUAGAGAGAGCGGCCAUCACAGUCCAAAGAUACACGAGGGGCUUCUUAGCGCGCAGGAGAUUCCUCAACAUUUCUCGAAGCACAGUACUGAUACAAACGGUGUACCGCGGUUACCGUGAACGUAAGCAGUUCCGGGCAAUGAAGAAGGGUGUCCUGAUGGCGCAGAAACUUUACAGAGGAAGGAAGCAACGGCAGAUAUUUAAAGUGUUGAAGGAGGAGAUGGCGAAGCGAGCAGAGAUCGAGAGAGCCAGCAAGGAACGAGCGAAGGCGAAACAGCAACGAGAGGAGCAGGAAAGGACUUUGCGAGCUGUUGCUGGUGUAAAUCACUUGGAGAUUCCCGCAGAACUAGCCUUUAUUUAUAGUAAACUUGAUGAUUGGCAACCAACACACACCGAGCGGAAUCUUCUCAAAGUUGUCGGUCAAGUCAUUCCAAUGAAUUAUACCUAUAAUCUGCCAUCCGACAUCGAUCAGUACCAAUUCUCGAAGUUUACCAAUAUUUAUUUCAAAAGCCAUAUCUUUGGGAUGAAGCGCGAACCGAUCAAGACGCCAUUUCUGGCGAAAGCUCGCGAUCAGGAUUACACGGAUUCCCUGAUGAUCUUCAAGAUGAUAUUGCGCUUCAUGAACGAGAGUAAUCUUAAUGGUAAACGUGAACAAGCGUUGGGCGACUAUAUUGUUAACAAAGGGAUUGUCAAUGAGAAACUGCGCGACGAAAUACUAUGUCAGCUGGCGAAUCAAACUUGGAAGAAUGAGAACGACGCUAACAAAGAAAGAGGAUGGUUGUUGCUCUCUAAUUGCUUGUCAGCGUUUCAACCUAGUGCCACGCUUUUCAAAUAUCUUUUGAAAUACGUCUCCGAUCACGCCUACGAUGGUUACAAGGCCUACUGCCAACGCAAACUGUUGCAAGGCGAGAGGACCGUGUAUCGUGUGAUGAAUAAUAAUCAGCAAACGGUCCAUCAGGUACCCAGAAAUUAUCCGCCAUGCGUCCUAGAAUGGCGAGCUAACAGGAAUCGCGUAAAUAUGGCGCUCAGUGUUGGCUUCUAUGACGGCGAAACAACUACAUGCGCGAUGGAUUCUUGGACGACGUGUGAAGAAUUGGCUAAUCUCGCAGUUCGGAACCAUGGAGUAGAGAAUUCUGGUUGGACUAUCACGCUCUGGAACCAUCAAUUGGACGGCCCGGACGCCAUCGUGACGGAGACCAAUGGCUUUGACUAUAUUUUGGACUUGAUCUCGGAAAUGGAAUUGGCACCAGCUUUCCCCGCCGCCAAGCACAUGUUCUUGGAACAACGCAAGAACAGUUUGCCACCCAUUAAAAAACGAGAACACGCUCAAGUCAUUCGGGAGUUGGAACAGGAGAUGGAAAUUCCUAUUCUAAAAACUUUCCAACCUUUGGAAAGGAAAUCUAUGCCAAAAAUAGUUGACAAGCUUGUCGAGCCGGAAAUUCAAGUACCCAGGCGGCCAGUAGUGCCUCCACCGCAACCACCCGUCACAAAACUACCUAUACGAAAGCAAUCGCAUGAGGUCAUUUUGGAAACCACAACGGAAAUGGGCUUGUCGAGGAAAUCUGCCUUAAAUGAUCGUUACUUCGAGAAGGAGAAGCAACGUAGCCGAAGUUUGGAUAAUCUUCUUCAGUCAGAAAUCGUGCCUUCACCGGUAAAACUCGCCAAUCUCGGGCUAUCUUCAUCGAAAUUGAACGAGCGAUAUCAUAGUCUAGAAAGAAUUGGUGAGACUCCGACCGUUGGUAACGUUGAAUACAUGUCGCGUACCGAAAUAGCACAGGAGAGGAAGUAUAGCAGAGCCACAAGGACGACGGAGCCCAACAUUGAGGAGGAAGAUCUCACGAUUGAUUUUGAAUAUCCGGAUAUUCAAUCCGUUAGUCAAACCGGAAGAUCAGAGGAUGAUAAAAGCUAUAUAAGGUCGCAAACCAGGUUUAUUAAGUCGCAAUACCCUGGCAAACGCGCGCUGCCAGGAAGCCAGUCUAGUCGCGCUUAUAUCGAGAAAAGUGAAUACGGAGUAAAAUCGUCUGCCAUGUCUGACACCAGCGAGGCACCUUCUUUGGCAUCGCACGUGCGACGCGUGAGGGUACCCAGCCAAGCUUCCGAUGUGGACCAAUUCCUAGAUGAGCUCUUUAUGCCCGUACUGGAUGGUAAUCUCGACGAAUUAUCAGACGCUCGCAGUUUGGCCGCCUCGAUAAAAGGAUCAUACGAUACCGGACCAUCUGGCGAUCAAAUGGUUCUCAAAAAUUUGCUAAAACUCGAUAAUCAAACCAACAAAUUAGCCACGGUUGAUGAUUUCGUCGAAUGGAUGAUGGUGGAAAAUAAAAACGCGGAUAUUAGUGCGGAUGAACUGUCAAAAAAGAUCAAAGGAGGUGGCAAUAUGGAUAUCCCUAAUCAGAAUGCGGCCUUCAACUUCAGUCCUAUCGCACAGAGCAUGAUGUCACCACCUAUGAUGAUGCCUAUGUUCAGUCCUCCUCAGCAAGUUCCAUCCGCGCAAAAUACCAGCAUGAGCAUGGGCGCGAAUUUCAUGCCCAUCCCGAUUUACAGCAUGCAGGGACUUAGCUUACCACAAUAUCCGAGUUCGCCACCCGGUCAGAACAACGACAUGAUGGCAUAUCAACAAAAUCUCCAGCGUGCCUUCCUGCAGAGUGCGAUGGCGCAAAAUAUUCAAAUACAGCAGCAGCUGUUGGCACAAAAUCAAGCUUUGCAACAAUUGCUGGUUCAGAGUCCGCAAAAUUCGGCACAGCAACCGAGCACGGCGUUACCCGGCCCCUCAAGCAUGAAUCUUGAUCCCUCAGCCCCCCCAAACGGUGCCCAUAUGGGUCCCAAUGAUUCUAUCGGACGCUACUCCAAGGUCUCAUUCAGAGAACCCGAGGAUGGCGAAUUAUGGUCAACCGAAAAACGAGAAACAUCCGUGCUGUCCACAUCGACGCCAAUGAAUCAGCGUCAAGAAACAAUGACAGUGAAGGCUCAAAUUCAUCGGUCCCAGAGUCCAUCUAGAAAGAAUUCCGAAGCCAUUAGAAAGACGAGCGUCGAUUACGCGCGAAAACUCAGUAUGGAUCGGAAGGUGACAGAUAGGAAAGCGUCAUCAACGCAGGCGGAAGUGAAAAGGCCUAAUCUAAAUAAGAAUAAUAUACAGAGCAACUUUACCAAUGUGCUCAGUGAGCUGAAAAAUAGAAAGAGUAGCGUGGACAGCAAUCCUUCAAGUUCCAGCAAUAACAAAGGUGUUCCACCACCGCCGCCGAUGCCGCCGCCUUUGGAGUCUCACGAUCCUUCCGAAUCCAGACCGUUUCUCGACCCGUACGGCAGGGCAAAGACAGUGCGCAUCGGAAAGUGGAGAUGGCCACCGCCCAGCGACUCGAAUGAGACUCAAGGACAGGAUAGUUUUAUAGAAUUCAAGAUGCGCCAGCAACAACAGCAACGCAAGUUAACGCCGCAGUAUCAGGAGUACGACCAAGGUGAGAGCGAAGUUACGACAGAAGGUGGCGUUGAAUGGGAAGAAUUCGAAAUUGAAAAUAUUGUCAGCAACGAAGAUCGGUCUUUAGUUAUGCAUCCGUCAGCGACUACGGCGAAACACGAGAAUGGAUACAAAGAAGAAGGGGAGAAGAAAAAGAAGAAAUCAAAGUCAGCUUUAGAAGUGGGCGCGCAAAGACCAUCGCCAGGAAGUAUAGGAAAGUUGAAGCUCAGCUCGGAGAUGAGACAGAGAUUGGAAAAGGUAACCGCAAAUCAUAGCGUAAGAUCUACGAAAACGGCUGAAAAACCUGCUCUUCCGCGAGAAGAUGGGAAAAUUAAGCGAUUAGAGGAUAAUAGAAAACUUUUGCUGGAGCAACAACUGGGUGGCAGAUGGGAUGAUUACGCUUCCACUGUAGAUGACACUCAAAGCGUCACUUCCAAGGGCACGACCGAUAUGAUGACGCAAGCUCAGGUAGUAAGAACACAGAUCGAGAGAAUGGAACGACCUGUACCGCCUCCACCGCCCGUCACACCGCCACAGCCUCCCAGUCCAAGAGGUGGCAGUGUUUAUAGUAACAGUCAAUCCGGCGUACCUCGGCCACGAUCACCGCCAGCACCGAUCGAACCAAAAACUCGCGACUCUUUCCGCACAUCUCCGGAUUCCGAAGCCUAUGAUCAUUUCCCGAAGAAUCAGAUGUUUAGCCAGAGCCGUGAUAUCUUCGCCUCACAGCAGCAUUUACGCGAUGGCCACGACUACAGGAACGACUUUGAUAAGGCUCGCGUGCAGGAUGCCAAAUCCAAAGACUUCUAUGGCAAAGACAGUACUGAUCUGGCGAGUUCGGCGCGCGAUCGCAAUUCUGAUUUUGAUUCACGCCGCGAUCUUAGCUCCGAGCUCUUCGACUCCAAGUACGCGUUCGAUGGAUCGACUGGGAAGCGCGAUCCCUUCGGUAUAACGCGAGAUGUCUCACCCAAAUCCCGGGACAGCUUCGGGAUGCCAUCACCACGUGACUUUGGCGUGAUCCCGAACACAAGGGACUCUUUCACUGUCGCGCGGCAAAGCUUCAACAAGCUAGAUCGCGAGGUGGACAGGCGUUCAAGCGUAGCUUCGACCCACCGUACCGACAAGAUGGAGCGAAUCGAGAUCGAGGAGUGGCCGGAGUUCCUCAAGCCAGUAUUACCACCAGCGGACAAGCCGGAGAUUGAAAAAGUCCAGGAGGUGGUGAAUACUAAACUCUACCCGCAGACUUCCAACGCGCAUUUCACCUAUAACAGAGUUACAUGGACUCUAAGAGUUAAAAAAGAGGUUUUCGCACCCAACGAAACCCUGAACAGUCCAUUGGCGUUGCAUCUGGUGUUCUGCCAGGUAGCCUACGAUGUGCUGGCAACCUCUAGUAUAAGAAUUACCAAGGAGGAUCGGCAAAACAUGUUAAAGAUGCUAGACAAUUAUGGCGUCACAUUGGAUAAUCUUCAGAGCACGCAGCAUAAGAUUACGAUCAAGAAGAACAUCGUGGACAUGGCGAAGCAAUGGCCAUUAUACUUUGCUCGGAUAUUUCCCGUAUCGAUUGGUCCCCAACAUCCCGAGACACAACAUGUGGCGGUGUCGCAUCAUGGACUUCGAUUGAUCAAACGCACGCUGAGUGGCGACCUGAUCAUUCUGGAGACCCUGCCACUGGAGGACAUCGUCUCUGUGAAUUCGUCCAGGUCCGGUGUGUGUGUACUACAGAUCGCGUCGGGGGUUCGGCUACCUCUACACACGAACCGUGCUCCGCAGUUGGCGGAGAUGAUCGGUAGAUACAUCAGACUGGUCGAUCAGAAGCCACAUCAGAAAGUUAAUCAUCACGAAAAUCACGUGUCUCAAAUCACAAAGACGAUUCAGUCGCAGGCGAAUCAUGCGAAUCAUAUUCAGCCCCCCCACAAUCAUUCCAAUCACGUAAUUUCCGAGCAUGAGAAUCACGUACCGAUCGGUCGCGUGCCGAACCACGUGUCGGUCAUCAACCAAGCGAACCAUCAGAAAAACCUGCAAAACCAGCGGCUGAGCCCGAGCCAGGAGUGGCGGCAGCCGGAUGACAACGUCCGACUCCAGGAGGACGGCAUUUACGAAACCGGACCGGUGGUCAACGACGGCAAACAUUCCCUCUUGCAAUACGCCAUGCUGAAUUUCCGUCAAAGCACAGAAAAAUUCGAAAUGUUGAAGACGGCGGACGGAUCGAUUAGCGGGUCCCUCAAAGUAAUCGAGUCGUUGAAGAGCAAGAAGAAGAACAAAAAGGGUAAGAGCCAGCAGGACGGCACCGAGUGGACUUGGAAAGAACAAGUGGAUCUUGUCAAAUAUUCUACUGUCCCCAUUGAACAGAGCUUGCUCAGAUUGGACGCGGAUCUGAGCGUCCUAGCCGUGGAGUGCUUCCUGUGUCUAAUGAGAUACAUGGGGGACCAACCAUUGCCACCUGAAACCAGCGAAGUCAAGUGCGUCUACACUAUCCUCAUGCACUGUCACAAAUACGAGCAGCUGCGCGACGAGGUUUACUGCCAGUUGAUGAAGCAGACGACCAAUAACAAAAGCCCGAAUCCGGAGAGCUGCCAGCGUGGUUGGCGGAUCUUCAGCAUCAUCGCUGCCUAUUUUACCUGUAGCGAGGGCCUGCGACCCUAUCUGACCAAGUACCUCGAAACGGCGGCGUAUGACAAGCGUCGCGCUUAUCACGGUACCGCGAUGGUAUGCCUGCAGAAUCUAAGAAAGACCGUGAAAUACGGUGGGCGCAAGAACGUGCCCAGCGUGGAGGAAAUCAUGGCGAUCAGCGCGGGGAGGAACGCGAAGAGGCAGAUUUAUCGGCUGCCCGGUGGCACCGAGCGAGUCAUUAACACGAAAUGCACGACCGUCGUGCAGGACGUCAUUGAAGAGAUGUGCAACGUCAUCUCCGUGAGAAACCCGCACGAGAUGGAUGAGUUUUCGCUGUAUUGCAUCGUCGACGGUGAUGCGUUUACCAUGCCGUUGGCCAGGGAUGAGUACGUCUUAGACGUGACAACGGAACUCCAAAAAAAUCAUCAAGUGUUCUACUUGAUAUUUUGCAGAUCUGUUUGGUACUAUCCUCUGCGGCUGGAUGCAGCGUUGUAUAUAGAAGUCGUAUUUAAUCAAAUCGCUCCCGAUUACUUGGAAGGACUUUUACUAGUUCUACCUGGAGAACAUUUACCUCAGGAAAUAAUUUAUGACAUGGCGCAAAUAGCGGCACUAUUGCACAGAGCAGCUGACAUGACCCAUGAACCCGCGACAAAAGAGAUUAAAUAUUUGUUGCCAAAACCAGCGCUCAGUUUAAGAGAACCCAGGCCGCAACAGUGGUCCAACAUGGUUCAACAAGCUUGGAACAACGUUCAACACUCUUCGGCAGCUGUUUGCAAGGCACAAGUGCUCGAAAUAUUGUCGAAGUGGCCAUUAUUCGGUUCAAGUUUCUUCGCUGUAAAAAGAGUACCUGAGGGCAAGGAAAAGAGUGCUGAUCAUAUCCUCGCUCUCAAUCGACAUGGAGUGCAUUUCAUAGAUUUGAUCACUCAUGAGACACUAUACCAUUAUCCCUACUCUGAAGUGAUUUCCACCAGAAAGGUCAAAUCCGAGGAGGGCACGCUCUACCUCGACAUGAAGUGCGGCAAUCUGAUGCAGCAGCGUAUCACUAGGCUGCAAACGGAGCAGGCCCACGAAAUUUCUCGGCUUAUCAGGCAAUAUAUCACCAUGGAGCAAAGGACGUCCAACGCUCAAGGUGGAGUCGGCAUCGGGCUCGGCAUGAGAUAAACUUCCUCAUAAUACGGGGUUCCUCCUUCGCGACUGAUAUUCGAUUCGAAUUAGUUAGUCUGCAGAGCGGUAGCCAAGUUAAAUUCUCGAUCAAUGUAUCGUAACGUUAGUUGAGGCCACGAAUGUAGCUGUUAGUCAGUAUGAAUGAUGAUAUUGUUCUUAAUGUGUGGAACUAACCU